GCGGGUGGGCUCCCCGCGGCCGGCCGCGCUCGCCGCCGCCUUCCCCUGCACGCACGCACUUCGCGGAACAAGAUGCCUUUUCUUUUUAUUCUGGGGAAUUUUAAUAAAAGCACAAAGCCAAGACUGCCAGAGUGCAGAGCUGUUCUCUCCGGGACAGAACCAAGAGCCCUCCUGCAGCUCCGGAUGAUGUCCAUGUCUCAUUGGGUCGCUGGGACAAUUUGGAUGCCGGAUUCUCUGCUUGUAAUUCCUUUUGGGAAUGUCAUUGUUUUAUAUUAUGCAUGACACAGAUCCUACACUAUACACAACGCAGCUGCUGGUGAGAGGGAACCAGUCCUGAGAUGCAGAGGAGCCCCCCGAGCUCAGCGUGGCUUGUCUGAAAACAGGAUUUGCUAGUGGAGGCAUUGCCACCUCCACUAUCCAAGCCCCAUGAGGCUGACAUGAGGCACCGAGCCCUGAUCUGCGGGGCCGUGGUGGUCCCUGCCCCUCCACUCACUGCCAUGCUUCUCCUCAAAGACACCAGUGCUGGUAUCAGUGCACUCCCUUUUCUGGGGGAAACCAAUACACUUGCUUUUCAUGCCAGCUAACUCAAGAUGUUGAUUUGAUUUUGCUCUGCUCUCUUCUGCCACAUGCAUGCACAGUGAACCUAAUUUUUAAAGUUUGAUGACUUUCAGGAAGAUACUAUCCAUAACAAUCGUGACAUCUGAGAUAGUCCCACCCUGGCAGCAUUAUAGGAAACUGACUGGCCUUUCUCUGGAAAAUGCAGGCACCGAAUGCCGAGUCCCGGUGCGUGGAAUUUCUCAGAGGCGGGCACAAACAUCCACGAGGGCAGCAGAUGAAAGAGUCCCACUCCUGAAGCUUGCACACUUCUCCGGGCAACCACCACUGCUGUCUGGGCGACCAGACUCCCGGGGACUGCCAGGGGAUUUCCCAGAUCGGCACUGCCUUGGGGGUCCAGCUGGAAGGGUACGGCACAGCACGCCACCGGAGCACCGGGGCAGUUCUUACAUCGCCACGCAGCCGCCGGGCACGGUGAGCGCUGCGAGGCCGGCUCUGGCCGGACACAGUGGCGGCUGCAGGGCUGAGUGCUCGUGCCCGCAAAUCCCGGGGGAAUGUGAUCCCAAAGUGAUGGCCAUCCUCGGGAGCCAUGGCCACUCGGAGAACAACAUAAUGUCAGGUCCUGACAUGUCUUCUCGAAACGGGAAAAAACACGCCGUGGGAAAGGAGCCCCCUGCACCAUUUGGGAGCCCGCAGCUCUGGUGCCGUGCCCAGCCUCGGGCGAGCAGCUCGGAGGGGCUCACGGCGGCACAGCCGGGGCGUGGGGCCACUCUGGGAGCAGCUGGACAGGCCACGAAUUCCUGCCGGCGGCCGGCCCGGCGGGGCAUAGCAACGGGAGCCGGGGGAGGAACGGGAAGCAGCGGGAGCUGUGAGAAAGCGAGCGGCGCCGCGGAGAGAGGCGGGGGCCGGCGCGGGGGCGCGGAGGAGGAGGAGGAGGAGGAGGAGGAGGGGGCAGGGGCGGCCAGGCCGGGGUGCGCGGCGGCGGCUCGGGCCCUCCCGCCGGGCACGGCUCCUCUCCGGGCAGCCGUACGCCACCCAAAGCCGCCGGUUUGCGGCCGCUGA